ACGUUUGUACCGCGUCGAGCGAACUCGUGCGUAUAGUUUGAUUGCCUAGUCGAGUGUGAUGUGAUCUGAUUGGACCACUUAAAUCAUUGACAAGGAGUCAUCCUUUUGUCCCGUGACCUGGGAGUAUUUAUUUACAUAAAAUGGCUUGGCAAACAGUUUAUUUGGCCUUGGCAUUGGUUGUAACAGAAUCCUUCGCAUCUCCCCAAAGAAUACAAAAGACAUUUACAUUAGAAGAGUUAGUGCCUUUGCAGGUUGACUUCUUUCCAGAAAGAGUUGCUGUUCAAUGGAUUUCAGAUUCUGAGUACGUAGUUGUAGAGCCUGGUUUGAUAAAUAAGUAUGACGCUGCAAAGGACACUUACGUUACGGUUCUGGAUCAUGCCGAACUUUUCAAUUUAAGCCGCUUCUCAGUGUCAUCAUUUUCAAAUGAUCAGAAAUAUUUAUUGAUGACAACAAAUAAAAGAAAGGUAUAUCGUUAUUCAAGCAUAGCGGAAUACGCGGUGUAUGACCUUGAAAAAAAGUCUAUUGCUCACAUUGGUAAUGGCUCUCUACAAGUAGUGGUAUGGGGCAAUGAUCACGCACUAGCGUUUGUUCAAUAUAACAAUGUCUUUUACGUACCUGAUGUCGCUAAGCCUGACGAAAUCAUACCGCUCACUGUUGACGGGGUAGUGGGCAAUAUAUAUAAUGGUGUCACGGAUUGGAUUUAUGAAGAGGAAGUGUUUAAUGCUGCGGAAGCGAUGUGGUUCUCGCCUAACGGAACCUACUUGGCCGUGGCUUCUUUUAAUGACACUCAAGUGGAAUCUGCGGUUUACCCUUACUACGGUGAAAGUUCUGAAUUUGACAACCAAUAUCCUUUGAUGAUUCAUUUCAAAUAUCCGAAGGCAGGUCGAACUAAUCCUGUCGUUCAACUGCGAGUAUUUAAGUUGAAGGAAAAGAACAUUGAAUCUAUGGUCAUACUUCCUCCUGUUGAUAUUAUCGGCCCAGAUCACAUUUUGGGAAGAGUAAACUGGGCCACAGAUGAAAAUUUAAUUUUACUGUGGUUGAACAGACGACAGAAUGUAAGCGUUUUAGUUAAUUGUGAUUUGACUAGAAACGAAUGCAAUAUCAUGAAACACGAAACUGAGCCGAAUGGAUGGAUUGAAGUCCGUGAAAUUUUCUUUGACAAAACUGGAACGAAAAUGUUGGAAAUUCAACCACUACCUUACGGGGAACAGAGAUUCAUGCAUCUUGGUCGUUUCGAUUUUAAUACAAUGCAAACUGAAGAUUUAACGCCUGGAAAUUCAACAACUACCGAAGUCUUAGGAUGGAAUUUGGAUACCGAUACUGUAUAUUAUAUUGUAUCACCAGGAAUGGAACCUUGGAAGAGACAACUAUGGGCAACUUCUAAAGGAAAAGCAAAAUGUGUUACUUGUAAUAAGCCACAUUGUCAUGACGUCGAUGCGGCAUUCUCACCUAGUGGUAGUUACGCGAUUGUAUCUUGCAGCGCUUUAAAUGUCCCAGCUGUAACUUACUUUUACACUAGUGAGACGGAUACAUUUAAAACACUAGCAGAUAAUUCAAGGUUAACUACGAAAUUGAAACAAUAUAAACUGCCAAUGGUUUUGUUCAAUGUGAUAACAUUAGGCGAAAAAUUAAGGGCACAUAUUAAAUUGCUUUUACCUCCAGAAAUGGAAAAAGACAAGAAAUAUCCAAUGAUAGUGAGAUUAUAUGCUGGACCUGGAACAUCAAGAGUUAGAGAUAGUUAUGAUUUAGAAUAUUAUAGUAUGUACUUGAGCAGCAAUCGAAGUUUCAUAGUAGCGUCCAUUGAUGUACGAGGGUCGGCUGUAAUGGGAGUUGAGGCGCUGCACGCCGUAAACGAAGCUCUCGGGACAGUGGAAAUUACUGAUACCUUAGACGCGAUAAGGCAAUUAUUGAAAAUGCACUCAUUCAUUGAUCCCCACCGCGUUGGCGUGUGGGGAUGGAGUUACGGUGGGUACGCGAGCACCAUGAUGCUGAUCAAGGACGAGGAGAAGACCCUCGCGUGCGCAGCUGCCGUCGCGCCCGUCACCUCCUGGCUGUACUAUGAUUCAAUUUACACGGAGCGGUACAUGGACACUCCAAAAAACAACCCAAAGGGUUACGAGAACUCAGAUCUGAUGAAAGCGGCUGAGAAACUGCGCGGGCGCAAGUACCUGAUCGUGCACGGUACUGGCGAUGACAACGUUCACAUCCAACACAGCAUGCAACUGGCUAAAAGGUUACAAAGAGCUGACAUAGCCUUUGAGCAAAUGAGUUACACUGACGAAAAUCAUUCCUUACGAGGUGUGAGUCGACACUUCUAUCACACUUUGGAACACUUUUGGACUGAGUGUUUUGACGAUAACUGAGAGUAUUACUUAAAGUACAAUUAAAGACUGUGAUUACUGACUAAUAUAGUUUGUUACUCUAAUUUUAUUUAUUAUGUGACAUUCAUACAAGAUGUAUAAAAAUAAAUUUAUAUUUUAAUACCACUUAAAUGAUGUUCCAAUCAUAUGUAUGUAAAAUGUAAGUAAGCUCACAAAGAUAUGUAAGAAUGUGUCUAUCAAGAAUGGUAAUAAAAAUAAAUAGAUUUUUAUUUUUC